AUGCAGUUCACUCAAGAGCAUUCAUAUGCCACAUAUCUUCCUCCAUCUGCGUUUUUUGAAUGUUCAUCUCUUGAAACAAUUAGGUUCGAAAAUGUCACAACAAUUGAUGAAAAUGCAUUUAUAUAUUGUAAAUCUCUCAAAGAUGUAUAUAUUCCGCAUCUCAUAAAUAUAAGUUACAGCGCGUUUCAAAAUUGCUCAUCGCUUGAAACAAUCGAUUUAGAAGAAGUCACAACAAUUAGUGAUAAUGCCUUUGAAAAUUGUGUAUCUCUUAAAUAUAUAAAUAUUCCACAUCUUAUAAACGUUAGUGAAUCUACAUUCUCUCAUUGUGUAAAACUUGAAACCGUAAGCUUACAGGAAACUAUGGCCAUCGGAACCGAGGGAUUUUCCCAUUGCGAAUCUUUGAAAAGUAUUAAUAUUCCUCAUCUCAAAUUUAUUGAUUAUGGUGAUUUUUAUGACUGUUCAGCAAUUAAAACAAUCGAAUUUAAAGAAUUAGCUUAUCUAGGGAAGUUCGCUUUCAGUGGUUGCGUGUCACUAGAGAAUGUUCAACUAAAUUCGUUAGAGAUUAUAUCAGGAGAUUGUUUCUCUGAUUGCAUGGGGUUGUCUAACCUUAAUCCAUCAUCUGUAAAAGAAAUUAGAGGUGACAAUGUGUUUAGAAAUUGUAUCAAUUUAAAUACUUUGAUAUUAACAGGCUUGGAAUUUGUUAAUUCACAUUUUGAUAAUAUAUUUUUCUUAUGCGAUAAUCUCGAACAUAUUUACUUUGGAAAUAUGCCACCUAAUAGAUUUAGUUCUGAAAUUUCAUUUAAAGAUGUGGAAAUUCAUGUUCCAUCCUAUGACUCAUGGAAAAACUAUAUUCCUCAAUCUGAAAAAAUAUCACAAAACCACUAUAAAUGGUAUGAUUACGAAUUUUCAUACCCUCCUGAUCCACCAUCUAAUACACCCGAGCCAAAUUCCAACCCACCUAAUCAACAUAGCAAGAUAUUAACUGUGAUCAUUAUUGUUGCAAUUAUUGUGAUUAUCAUUACAAUAAUUUCAGUAAUUCUGCUUACCAAAAAGAGUAGGAAAGAAGAACUUCUCAGUUCACAGUCACUUUUAACCAAAACUGAAUGA